UCCCUUUUUUUGCUUUUUUUUUUUGGCAGAAGUUUCAUGCCUAGAGAAACCCAGCCGGUUUUCCAGCUCUCUUCUUGAGCCGGGAGUUUCUGCCUCCUGCAGUUCUGGGGGGAGAUAGAUCCCCCUGGUGCUGUGGCACGCUCUGGACAAGGGGAAAUGUCCUUUUGUGGAGAAGUUGGGACGGGGUCCGGGCGGUGAGGCUGGCACGGAGCAGCACCUGGCGCCGGAGCACAGCGAGUCCUUGACACCUUCUCUUCUUCUGCUCGGACGAGAAACAUUGUGGAGCCUCAGCUCUCCCUGCAGCAGAUUAAUGCCUAAAAUUAUACACCCUAAACAGCAGGGUUUAAUUACCAGAGCUGUGAAUAGUUUAAUUAGUUUGUUCUGACCUUGGAAGAAGGACCUGCCCAGCGCCGUAGAGCGACAGGAGAGCAAGAACUGGUGUUGCUUCUCAAAGACACCCAGCCCGCGAGGCCAUGUCGUCCCUGUACACCAGGAGUAAGGAAUACACUCGGAGCAGGAAGGCUCAGUCAGACUCUCCCCCGUCCUCUCCUUCCCCGAUUGCGAAGACACUCAGACAUGAAAGACUUUCCAGGUUGGAAGCAGCUACAAACCCCAGCACCAGUGACUCGUCCUACAGUGACCGUGCCUCCAGCCGCUCCAGUGCCUACAGCCGGAGGGAGAACCGGCUCGCUGCCCUCAGCAGCCGCGCGGAGGAGGAGAGCAACAGGGACUAUAAAAAAUUGUACGAGAGCGCUCUGUCUGAAAAUCAAAAGCUGAAGUCAAAGCUGCAAGAAGCCCAGCUUGAGCUGGCUGACAUCAAAGCAAAGUUGGAAAAAGCAGCCCAGCAGAAACAGGAGAAAACUUCUGACCGGUCCAGCAUGCUGGAGAUGGAGAAGAGGGAGAAGCGAGCCCUGGAGCGGAAACUCUCUGAAAUGGAGGAGGAGAUGAAGAUUUUGACAGAGCUGAAGUCGGACAACCAAAGGCUGAAGGAUGAGAAUGGAGCCCUCAUUCGUGUCAUCAGCAAACUCUCCAAAUAGGAAUCCUGAGCAAAGGCAGGAUGAGGAGGGGCCCUACACCAGCUGCCAACCCCACCACGAGCCCUCCCCCCCCUUCCCCAUCUGUCACGUACAGCAAGUGUUUCAGCCAUGGGAUCAAUGUCACACCUGCCUUGCCCUGCCCUUUGCUGUACAUUCCCUUUCUACCCCUAUUUUCCUCCAACACACCCCCUGCCAUUUUAUUAUUUUUAAUUUAAGCAUGUUGUGGUAUCUCGGACAUUUUAUUCAAGGGAGAAACGUGAGGACUGGGUUUGAGCUGCCAAAACUUCUUCCAGAAGCCCAGUAUUUGGUGUCGGACUCUGACCUGGAGUGGGAAGCUCCUACUGUAAAAAGUGACACCUCAAAAACUAAUCCAGCACAUCCAAGCCCUGUACAGGUGGGAAAUGUGAACCCAGGCUGGAACUCUGAGGAUGCACAUCAACCCACUGAGAUGUGGGACUGGCUAAAUGUGAUGCUGUGAAAGCCACCUGGGCUCAUGUCUGUCACAGGCUGCUUUGCACAGAGACUUUCUCCUCCUCUUGCCCCAGUAGACCCAGUCCUUUAUUUAAGAUUUUGAACCUGUUUGGUAACAUCAGCACUGACACUUGGCAUCAGACCCUUAUCCCUCACCCUCCCUUUCACCCAGCCUGGGUGAUUCCAUGUCACGUUGUGUUCUUCCAGGGCUCCUGUCUGUAAUUAGUAGCACCCAGUUGCACCUGGACUCUUGCUCCUUGGGUCAGGAGGUAUCUUCUGAGCUUUCUGAAGGACAAGCUUGAACCCUUAGAGACCCUCUGCUGCUUUUACACACGUGUGAGUGUGAAUCACCUCACAGGGAGCUGUGCCCACACCAGAGACCAGCCUCCCUGUCCUAACAGCCAUCUGGGACAUUCUGCUGUCUCCAUGAAGGCAGAGCCCCGUAGUGGAGUCUGGUCUGGUAUUUUGGGGACCUCACUUGGAUUUGCAGCAGAAUUUGUAGAGAGGGGAAAUGCCAGAGUCCUGUUCCUUCCCACCCUUCUGUUGGUGAAGCAGCUUGGCACAGCUGGAUCCCAAGGCAGAGGACCAUGGAGCAGUGAUCACUUGUCCUCCCACACACCUUGGAAAGGUGAGGGUGCGUCGGUGUCAGACAGACAAGGAGCUGCUGGUGACUGAAUCACUGUGAUGAAAGUCUCCUAACCUGUCAAAAGCUUGUGAAAAGCCUUGACCUUGAAGGAAACCUCUAAAAACACCCCUCUUUAAUCUUAUAUGCACUCAGAACAGCUUGGAAUUGUUCUCCCCAUGGGCAUUGGCUCCUCUCUCCAUGCUGUGGGACCUGUCAUCAGGUCUGUUCAGCUUCCCCUUAACUGACUCCUCUUGAACAAUACCUUCCCUCUCAGAGACAUCUUGCUGUAUCCAAACCACUCUCCCAUCUACAUCCUUCCAUAUUUGUCCUUUCAUUCCCUUUGUCCUUGGACUCCCAGCUCUGUCUGGCCAAGGGCUGCAGUCUCAGUCACUGAACCUGGAGGUGGCAAUGAAGCAGCUCUGCCCACGUUCCCAGGCAGCUCUGCUCUGGGAGAGAGAGAUGAGAUACUUGAGCAGAAUACUUGAGCUUGCUCAACAGGGUAAAAUUUAUCAGUAAAUCCUGGGCUUUUUGGAACCUUUUGCUGGUUAUUGCCUCAGAAAUCAUCUUUAUUUUUCUCUCCCUUGGGUUUUUUUCUCUUUGGGUUCCCUCCCCCCACCCAGUUCUCCAUCUUUCCCCCUUCCCCUCCCUGUCCUGCCUGUUUCCACCUCUCUUGCUCUUCCUAGAGCUGCCAUCUUUCCCAGGCAGCUCUGGCCAGAGGUUCCUCUUCAGCCGGUGGAGCCGUUUGCAUGGCGUUACGUGCCGUUUCUCCUGGUACACUGAGGCCCUUCCUCUGCUGCUGAGCUUUGGGAGGAAGAGACCAAAGCUGGUAAAGGCAUCAGGGUUUCUGCAGAGCACUGCCUAAACCAGGCAUCCUUUUUAUAUUCCUUGAUUUUAACCCUGCUCUAUUUAACAGCUUUAAGUCUUGAGAUCCGGUCAAUGCUUCCCCUGCACGCCGUUCCCUCUUGGUGCACUCUUUAUGUGAGUACUUCUGCUGUUCUUGGUGUUUUCUCUCUUGGUGACCUGCUCCUCACUCCAGCCUCGGGCUCUUGGCUCUGAUCAGGAGAUCAGGAGCCCGGUCCCUUCUGUGCCGUGCGGAGGAGAAGAUGCUCACCAGCUGAUGGUGAGGCUGAGAGUUGGCACUAAAGAUCCUGUUCUUCUCACAGGGCGGGUUCCUGGCAGCAGGAAGAAGCCUGGUGUCUGUUUUAGGGAGAGGGUUCAACCCAAUCUGACAAACCCAUCCCACACUGAUGUUUUGCCCCUUCCUAGCAGGACACUCACUGUGUUUUUUUCCUAAGGAACAGUAUGGGAAGGCUGUGGGAGGCUCGUUCCUCUGAUUGGCACCUUGCAAAGCCUAACUGCUUUAGCUGAAGUGUCUGCUUAGCACUGGAUUCCCCCCUGAACCCCAGGCAGGGGGGAGGGCCCCCACAGCUCAGUGUCCCUGAUCAGCCAAAGCUGUGAGCGUUUCUCAGUGACGGUGCAAUUGCAAACCAAAUUCUUGAGAAUUAACUUUUUUUGUCUCACUUCAUGCCUGACAUAACCAGUGCACUGAGGAGGUGACAAACAGGACACCUUGAACCCUGUGCAUGGGACAGGGUGCAGAGCGAGCAGGUUUUAAAACUGAUCCCUCUUGGAACCAGAGCAUUUGCGAGAAGUGGUUUCCCUUAGGGAACACGAGGGGUUUUUUUCUAAGCAAUUGCUUGGGGUGAAUUCAUUUUUAUUGCUUGGGGUGAACCCGCCUGUUGUGGCUGCAAGUUUUAUGAUGGCUCUUUGUAAAUAAACUCCUUGGAGAAGCAGGACUGGCUGAUGAGAUGGGGAGAGAAUGUAUUUUUAUGCAACUUUUGAGUGGCCUUUCAAACCCUGAGAUGAAUGAUUUGUUUUACUGGUUGUUGUUAUAUAGUAUUAUAAGUGUGUUUGAAAGUUUGGGAAUAAUAUUCACAGCUAUGAUGCUUGUAAACACAACAGUAUUUAUAAAUGAAUAAAAUAAGAGUUGAUAAAAUAGAA